GUUGAUCAAUGGCAUAAUCGAAUUUGAUCAAAGAAUUGUAGUACUUUCAACACAUUUGUCGGUUCAACAGCAUUCUUCGAGUAAACGAUUUUUCUAUACGGUUUACAUUUUAUUAUUGGUAUACUUUAUUGGAUUUGAAGUUUACCAGCUGUACUUAUGGCCUCCAAAAAUUAUAAAUAUUUACUCAACUAUACACUUUUUGUUUAAUUCUCCGUUCAUUAUGGACUUUGAUGUUUUAAUUUCAUCGUUUUUUUUUCUUUUUAACUUAGACAAUCGAUUUCAAACAUUAUUAGAUUUUUUUAAAUUUCUUCCGGUUGAAUCUGAUUUUCCUAAUGAAUGGACUCAUUCUGAAAUAGCAAUGUCGAUGGAAAAAAUACGGAUAUUACACGCUGAACUAUCAGAACUAAUAAAAAUAUUCAGUUUGAGUUACGGUCCAUUGCUUUUAUGUUUCUUUGUGUUUAAUUUUAUAAAUUUGUUGGUUCAAUUUUUUCUUUCGAUUUGUUUAAAAUUACCAACCCCAAACUUACCAUCUAUGAAAGCGAGCUUGAGGCCAACAUUACCACUCAUAUUAAAUGUUCAAAUUAUAAUCUUUACUAUGAGCAUUAUUGUUGCUGUUUCAUUGAUACACGAUAAGGUAAAAAUGUUUAUGCUUCAAUUAUCAUUUUUUGAAUUGGAUGAAAUUAGCUCCUACGGAUUUUUCAAUAUAAAUUUGAAUAUUGUUAUGUCAAGCAUAGUGUUAUUAAUUACUGGAUUAAUAACAUUGAUACAAAUGAAAAAACAUAUAAUUAUUUUGAAUAUGAUCAACAAUACUUUAACCUUCGGAGCUGGUCUGUAUGAUUUCUAAUAAUUUAUUACUCUUCAAUAUAUUUUUUAAAAAUUGAGUAAUAUUAUUCUUAUUAAAUUUAGUUUGAUUAUUUGUUGUAUAAUUUUAGAACUUAAGAAGUAGUACUUAUUUUAUAGUAUGUUAAUAUGCAAAUAGUAAUAAGUAGGUACACUUAUUAAGACAAUUAAAUCUAUAAAUGCCCGUAUACAAGGGGGUUUCAGGGGUUCACCUCCCCACAGAAAAUUGAUCCUGGAUACGUGCUUGAAACUAAAUGAUUGUAUUCUUCAGGUGUAUUAUGUACAAUUAUAUAUUUAUAUAAUUAUGUGGGCAAGGGGAAGAAAUAUGUAGGUAGUUAUAGUAGUUCCCCUGAUUUACAAAAAUAAAAAUAAAAUAAGAUUAGAUUAAAUUCUUAAAUAUUAUUUUUUUUCAUAUUUAUUUCAUUUUUAUUUUUGGAC